UUUUAUAUACAAGAGAAACUUAAGAGUUGCUUUCACUAAGAAGUUGCUAUGUACGAAGAAGAAGUGGUGAUAAUCGGGGCAGGGAUCAGCGGGCUAGCAACGGCCCUCGCCCUUCACAAGAAAGGGAUCAAAAGCAUAGUAAUGGAGAGAUCAGAAACUCUGAGGAACAAUAGCGGAACAGGGAUUGGAAUCCGGCCAAACGGAUGGCGAGCUCUGGAUCAGCUUGGCGUCGCGGAUAUCCUCCGUCGCACCGCUAUCCCUUUUCAAAGGGAAAGAGUCGUAUCGCUUGAUGGAGGGAGAAAACAAGACAUCUCAUUGUAUCAUUGUGUUGGUGAAACACGUUGCUUGCGAAGGAAGGAUAUUAUAGACACUCUUUAUGCUGCACUUCCACCUACCACCGUUAAGUUCAGUUGCCAACUUGAUUCUAUAGAAUUAGACCCACUUACUACUAAACCAAUUCUUAGGUUCAUCGAUGGAAGCUCAAUUAUCACUAAGGUUGUAAUUGGUUGUGAUGGUGGCAAGUCGAUCGUUUCAGAUUUCCUUAACCUCAAGCCUACAAAGAUGUUCCCGAUAUUUUCAGUUAGAGGCUUAACUAACUACCCACAUGGUCAUCCCUUCGGCCACGAGUUUACGAAUUUCAUGAAAGAUGACAUGCAUGUGGGUAGAGUUCCGAUUGACAAUAACACGAUUUAUUGGUUCUCUUCACAGCCAUACAUUCCUAAAGAUGAAGGAAUUUGGAAAAAUCCCGAGGUAAUACGACAAUACGCCAUAGAGUUGCUAGGCAACUUUCCCCAUGAGAUUCAAGAAAUGGCUAAGAACGCAGACAUUAACUCAUUGUCGUUUACACACUUAAGAUAUCGUGACCCGUGGGACAUACUAGUGGGGACAUUUUCUAGAGGAACAGUGACAGUUGCUGGUGAUGCUAUGCAUGUCAUGGGUCCAUUUAUGGGGCAAGGUGGCUCUGCAGCACUAGAAGAUGCGGUUGUGUUGGCUAGAAAUAUGGCUCAAGCGGGUUUGAACCAUAUUCAGAGUGGAAGUAAUGUCAUUGUCCAUAGAGUUGGGGAAGCAUUUAACAGGUUUGUAAGAGAACGAAGGGUCAGAGUGGUUCGAUUGUCGUUGCAAGCUUACCUCAUUGGCAUGAUGUUGGGUACUUCUUCGCACCUAAAGAAAAUAAUAUGGACCAUAUUGUUAAAUUUCUUCUUUCCGAACCAAAAGAGUCAUAUGGAUUAUGAUUGUGGUGAUCUUUGAUGUGUUCAAAGAUAUUUAUGCUUUUUUUUCAUUAAUAUAUUGCAAAACAUUUUAGUAUAA